AUGCCAGUAUUGCGUCCGCAUGGCACAUCAGUUAGAGAACGAGUGGCCGCGAUCGAGAAGAAGGAAUUGGUAGUGGUGGGGAAAGCUAUUGAGAAUACUGUAAUACGAGCAAAGUAUGAACCGGAUGUUCGCGGGGUCAAUCGGUUUCGACACUUUCAUACACCGAUUCCGGUUGGUGACGUCACUCCAAACGGCUUUGGAAAAGAUUCGGCAAUGACUGCAGCGACACAUCUACCGUCUUUAGUCAAUCCGACGUCGCAACAGGUUCUCUACAAAGGCAAGGACGCGGAGAAUGGAAUGGAAAAAGGUGCCCGGAGAAAGAAAAAAGAUGUGUCCCUCCCUCAACUUAACAAUGUACAAAAACAGACGACAAGAUCUAGAAGAGCAGAUGCGUCAAUGAAAAAUUCAGCAAUCAUGGAAGAGUUGUCAAGAUCAAAAACGUCAUCUGAAUCUGACAGUUCUCUGAAAUUAAGCUAUUCGGGAGUUCGGUUGAAAGAUGCACUUGCUGUGCAUCACAAAAGUAUUGGACCAAAACGGACUUUCGCCUCACUUGACUCCCGUCAAAACGGAGUGAUAAUAAAUCGACCGCUGAAAAAUUCAUUAGAAGUCGCCUUCCCACCAAGGUCAAAGUCUGCACAAGACCUGGACGGCAGGGCGGACUCUAAAGCUGAAAUAUCUCCACUUCCGACGAGCGACAGUUUUGUUUUGACAUCUUCACGCAGUUCGAAGGAUAUGGCGACUCAGACGAGUAAGAAACAUGUUUCCACUGCAAGCGUGGAGUUUUUGAAUGUAAAUUGUGUUCGGUCAACUCAAACUGAGUCGACACCGAUUGUGAUCAACUCGCGGAGGAAGAGUGAUAUACCACCAAGUUUGCAAGAUAUCGAAGAGCGCGAAGCUUUACUGGAAGUCAUUGAGGACGCUCUCGGGGAGACGUUCGACCGCUAUUCACGUGUUCGAACCAACCAAAUAAUUGCGAACAGCGCUCGAAAACAAGCGCAAAUCUGGCGAGACGUCAAGGAUUUUCUCGGAUGCAAUUUGUUCCCAUCUGCAAUUCAGAUGGCAAACAAGAGCACGUCACGAAGCAAAACUGCAGCAGAGAUUGUGGCAAGCAUUAAGAUGUACCCUUAA